AUGACUAGGAUUUCUACUAGAAAUAGGAAUGGUGGAGGCUCUUCAGAUAAAGUUUCGGAUGAGCAUCUAGUUAUAGAUAUGGUAGAGAAACUAAAAAGUCAAGGAAUGUUUGAUAGAAUUCGAAAACAAUGUCUCGAAGAAGCAACUCGUAUACCUCAAUACAAAGAACUUCUGAUAAAAGUGGAUACCCUCGCUAAAAAUUUUCUUGAUAGCUGUAAUUGGUCGGAGAAUUUGGCUAAGAUUGAAUUAAGAGAGGAGUUAAGGCGGAACAUUUCGGCGGAUGAUACUCUAUCGCAUGGAAUAACCGAGAUAGUCGAGAAGCUUGUCAAAGCAAGGAUGCCUAAAGAGUUUGACUCACUAGCACAAAAGGUUGUUUAUGAGGGACUCGGAGGAAAUUAUGAGUCAUGGCGCGCUCGUCGGGCUCAACGAGAUCGCGAUAGAUCACGCACUACUUCGAGGGGACAACUGCAGUCUCAGAGUUCUGCGAAAUCUCCCAUAACACCAAAGGGUUUAACAGAGCCUCUUGUUAAUAAUUUUUUAUUUCCUCCUCCUCGAUUAUUUUUACCCACGAGUUCAUCAGCUCCUCUUCAGACCUCUUUGCCAAAUACUCUAUCCUCUACCCAGACUUUCCUUCCUGCACAUUUGCCUAAUUUUCCCCUCCCACCCAUGAGUAUGGUUUAUCCCUCUGUCCCACUAGCUUCUAAUGUGAUCAAUACCCAAUCAGCAGCUGAUGAAGAUGUCUCCAGAUCAAAACCUCAGGCAUCUGCUCAGGCUUCUAGUGGUGAUGUGGAAAUCACCGUCGAAGAGACUACUCAGUGUGACGAUGAAAUGGAAAUAGGUUGCUACGUCUACUUGUCUCGUGCUUUAUUAAAUUAUCUUUAA